AUGAGUGAUACAGCGCAGCAGGAUGAAAAUGACCGAGUUAAAAAAGAGAAUGGAGAAAUUUUCCGUCAGUUGAAUGAAAGCGAGCUCCGGGGGAAGGUCAAAGUCAUAAUCAUCAUAGGUCCUGCGGGCUCUGGUAAAACGAAUUUAGUGAAAUUGAUCACUAAUAAGGAUAUGAAAGUCGGACACGACCUGAAAAGCGGGUUUGGAGAUCCUGAUCUACCGGCUGAAGAAGUCGAGGCUAUAAUCUACUCCACGCUUGGUUACUUUACUCGUGCUCUCGGUGGUGUUCAUGGAGUACUACACGUCCAAAGCAUAUUCGAACCUCGCUCUUCUCAGGAAAUAAGGGAUAGUAUCCGUUUUCUCGACAAGAUUGCUAGUAAAAGGAAGGGAGACUUUGAAAAGUUGGAGAUGCAAAUGGCCAAAGAAGAGUGGAAGAUCUUUGGUAUUGACAGCCGCGAUGGUAGCAGAUCCUUUCGUUUUGGAGUCGAUGUCGAACAAGACAAUGACGAGGAUAAAGAAAUAGCAAAAAAGAAGAUUAUUAACAGUGUCUUCCAACGCUAUCGGAUAAAAAAGCCGGAGGAACUAGUUAUGCCAUUCUCGGAAUGGUCUGGUGGUGAGCAGUUUGUAACAAUUGCGAUGUAUACCAUUGGUGGAAUGGUCGUCACAGGCAUGGGAGGAAUACUUACAUUAGGUGUCAUGUUCGGAGAGGUGGCUGUUGAUUUUUCAAUUAAGUUCUUAUUUUGA